AUCGUCGAUCGACGCUUGUGCAAUCGUUUGAACCAUGUCGUUUCGUCCGCGAACCGAUCGAUCACCGGCAUUAAGAGGUUAAACAGUUCAACGCUUAUGGAUGAUUCGCGCGGUUUUUUGUUUCCGACGUUACUUUCGUGCCUUUUUCGGUCACCUCGCGUGCGUUUUUAAAUCGAAGGAUCGACGAUGCUCGGUGUCUACGUAUUGACGAUGUUUACGCUCUCGGGCGCGCAACUGUCGUCUGCGUCCACGAACGAAGUAAACUGCGAUUUGCGUCAACUGUCUUCAAACACGACCAGCGCCAAUUGUGACUUCAAGAAACACGAUUGUCUCGUCUGUUUCCACGGUCUCGACGACGAAUGGAGAUCCGGGGGGGAGCACGUGCGAACUUUGGUUCUCUGCCAUUGGCCCGCGGAGGCGUUCGAUCCGCAGUCCACUCUGCAAGCGUUUCCCUCCUUGCAAAAAUUGAUAAUGGCGAAUGGCAAUUUGACUGAGCUCACGUCGCCGUUUCCGGCGGAAGCUCGAUCGAUCGAGGUUGUGAACAUAACUGGGACCAGGCUGCAAACACUGCCCGACCAAAUCUUUGCCAAUCUCUCGAAACUGAAGGUCCUCGAUCUGAGGAACAACACCUUUGGGGAGAUCGACGUAGCAUCGUUCGACGUUCCUUCGUUGCGUCAUGUUUAUCUUUCCGGUAAUCCCUUGAGAUGCACGGAGGACGCAACGUGGAUCCUGAACCAAGAGAAGGGCUCCUUCAGUCGGAAAAUCGCUGACAAGGACAACCUUCGUUGCACUGCCCCCUACGAAGGCAGACCGCUGGUCCAAGUCGUUGAAAUAAUCAAAAUGCUGAAAGAAGAGUGCACGAGGACUGUGUGCGACUGCGAGCUGGUGUACGUAGUGAGCCAGGGUGGUAAACACAUCCAAAGGCAACUGAUGGCGUUCGCCUCGGUGAACUGCAGCCACCGUGAUCUGACGGAAAUGCCUAGUUUCUUGCCAGCGAACACCACCACUCUUCGUUUGAAUGGAAACAAGAUAAAUGACCUGACGCCGCUCACCACGAACCCUGUCUACAGAGGAGUGGUAGACCUGUACCUGGAUAACAAUCUCAUCGAGUCGAUCGUCCAGCUGGAGGGAUCGAGUUGGGUGGAUCGUUUUCGUUUGCUCAGUCUACGUGGCAACAAGCUAACCGAUCUGCCUACGUAUGCUCUGGCGAACGUGUUGCAGCACAACGGAAACGCCGUCAGCUUGUAUCUAGCGAACAACCCGUGGCGGUGCGACUGCCUCUUCACGCCUGGUUUUCAGGAUCUGCUGAUCAAGUACACGAGUCUCGUGAAAGACGUCAACGACAUCAGGUGUUCCCUGGUGAACGGUGACGAGAAUUCUGGCAAAACUAUACGCGACCUGACGCGCAUAGAGAUCUGCACCUCGCCGGACGAGGACCCGUUGCUGCAUCCUUUGGACGUUCUGAACAUCAUACUAGCGUCGCUGAUAUUCCUGAUCAUCGGGAAGUUGUUGUACGACUACUGGUCUUUCAAGAAAACCGGCAAGCUACCUUGGAUAGUAGCCAAGAUACCUUAGCCAAGCAUUGGUCUCAUCCAAUGCAACCAUGGCCUUGAAAACGAAAUCCCCUCAGCUAGACCUAGUACAUAUCUGUUGAAUGGUUUUUUCUAGCCGACUGUCCUGUUCUAUAGUCGGAUGAAAAUCAGAGGACAGCUCAGGGCCGUCCAGGGUCUAUCCACAUGCUCUGCAGGCACAUGCUCUCUGCUUUGUAAAACUAGAAGUAAUUGUUAAGAACAAUAUUUUCGUGAAUCGAUGAAAAAUACCGUCAAGUUAAAAUUUUAUCAUAAUCGAGUACGGGAAGAAAAGUCAUUUUGCGGUUUGAUAAUAGAGAAUUUUAUUUGCCAGUCGUCGAUGAGGAUCUAAGUAUGUAUGGAAGCCAUCAAGAUGCUUCAGGAGCCCCUCUUAGAGUCUAGGGAUUUUUCAGACCGUUUAUUCCUCAUUUCUUGUCUGAACAAUAUAAUUGACGGUACAACUCGUCAGCGGCUGAUUUCUUGGCAACGCAUUCCCUGAAACCGCGACCUGUAAAUGCAAAAGCUUGAU